AUGGAGUUUUUCCAAGACUUCGUUCAUCUAUUAGCGCAGCUUAUGAUGGAAUCACCAGCCAGUUCAUCCAGCUCCACUGCCAAAGAGCUGCAGGAAUGGUUCGAGUGGACGAGAUCGCUUCAAAUCCAUGGCCGCAGCCUCGAGAGAAUCUUGCGCGAUAGCCUGGGUCAAGAUCAAGCUGAGACCCAGCGCGACUCCACAAGUCCCGCCCCUAAUCAAGACGAGUAUUAUCAUGAUACAUUCUUCGGUCGAUUUUUUGACACGGUUGUGAGAUUAUCGAUGCGACUCAUGGUCAGUCACGGCGGUCGCAUUGGCAUGGUAUCGGAGAAAGCUAUGAAGGGCGACCUGAUUUGUGUGCUAUUUGGUUGUGAUGUCCCCGUUUUACUGCGGAAUAUCGAGUCCGGAGACAGUGUCACUUUUGUAGGAGAGUGCUUUCUUGAUGGCUGUAUGGACGGAAGUGUGUUGGACCAUCAUGGGCUUUUGGAAAAGACGUUCUGUAUCCGGUAA